AUGAAAUUAACAAUUAUUAGCGAUGCCUUUAAAUAUAUUUUAAGAAAAAAAAAGUAUGGUAUAUAUAUAUUAGAGAGCUUGUUAACAGAGUCGAUUAAGCUUAUACUUCGACUUAGGCUUAUCGGAGUAUAUAUUUUCUUAUACCGACUACAACUUCCUUUUUUGCUAUGGUACCGAAUAAAUCAAACAAAACUACAAGAAGAAACAGAAAGAACUUGGUCAUUCACCAGUACAUACCGUCACCUCCAAGUACAAAAGAUCAAGAAGGUGAGAAAUCUGUCCCUACGGCCAGCUCGUCGGGUUCUCGAGCUCCAAGAUACUCCAUAUUACAGCUCCCAAUACUUUUAA